CGAAGGCAGCGAGCGAUGUGAAUUCGGUCAUUUAGUAGAAUCGCGAGCUCAAUACGGUGCACACGCUUUGAACGGAUGAAUGGCGGAGUACACGUGCAUGUUUUGACGACUAAAAACAGUGAAUGUGAAUCAGUGACGAGGCUUUUGUUUUGGUGAAUUGGUUUCUGUGCCAUGCAAGCUAACCGUAAAUCGCACGUAUUAAUUCACAAUUGAAGUGAGAAACAAAAUCAAACCGAAAAUGCCAAGCUGCUCUAACGGUGAAAGUGUAUUGUGUUUCUAUUAUUGGCAAAACAUAUCAAAAGCACCGACGACUGCCCUGCUUCACGGGAUGCGGCGUUCGUAAUAUGCAGUGUUUGCGGUUAACUUUACAUAUAACGGCUUUCGCAAAAGCUGUGCUUGUGUUGGUGCUUGAAUGAAUGCUUGCAUAUGAGUUACCCGAUAUUCUGGGAAUAUAGCAAAUGAAAUCAAAAAACAACAAAUGCAAAAACAUCAAGUAUCUACGAUAUUGAUUCGGUAAAUAAUUUAACAGGAAAUAAUCGACGAGCACGCCAACGCCGCAUGCGGCGCCAACAACAGCAACAGCGACAGCGACAAUAACGCGCAGAAAAACUUUUCCAACGAAAAAAUAUAAUGAUUAAAUUAAAAAUGAAUGCGGCGGUUAACAAUAUCGCUGGCUGCAAAAACUCCGUUAAUAGUAAAUAUAAAAAGUGCAAAAACAAUAAUAGAAACAGCUCCGAGAGCAUCCACAGCGCCGAUGGCGAUAUUGGGCCGUUGCACGCCGAACUACAACGACUGCAGAACAGCGAACAAACAAGCGUAAGUCCAUGGCAACAGAGAGCACCGUUACACCAACGAACACACAGCGUGCAACACACUGAUAAGAGCGACCGCGCGCCUAGCCACGUGCAACACCAACAACACUGCCACCACCACCACCAUCAGCAAUGCCAUCAGCAGCAGCUCCAUCAGCUUUUACACGACCACCAGCAAAACUGCGCGACAACAAAGCGCUGUGUCGAGCAAGCGCAACAACAAAGCGAACAACAUAAGCAGCCAUUUCCGACAAAUGCGCCCGAUAAACGGCAGCAACAUUUUAAUCAACAACAUCCACAACAUGAAGGCCGACGGCAGCAGCAGUGCCACACACACCAGCUGCAACAGCAACAGCCACAACAACAGCAAGAAAACCAGCGACGAUUGGGGCUGUGGCCAUCACUAUGCAUCGCCACCAGCAGAAGCAACAAUAUCAAUUGUAGUUGCAACCACACCACCAGCACCAGUAAAUUCAAUUCAACAGAAGCAUCACUUCACACACCCAGCACAGCGGCAUUGACCACAACCACGUUAUUCGCUUCGACGUCAUCAUCGUGUGCUUCAUCGUCAACGCGUGGUUGGGCAUCGUCAGCGACGGCGAAAGUUUUGGUGGCGGGGACGGCGGCGCAGGGCAGCCAACGCGCCGCAUAUAUAUUUAAAGCCGUCAGAUCGGCCUCACAGGCUGUGACAACAUAUUAUCUGUGGUGGCUGUUUGGUGUGUGUUUAGUUCUCUUCACAAACGGUGGACGUGACUGGCGGUCUGCGGAAUUGACGCGUACAACAUUUAUGGUGGCGGCCACAUAUUUAGAACCGGACGAGCUGAUACACGAGCUCGAUAGACCAGUGCCCUUGACGCCGGUGCAAGGCGUGCUGGGUCGACAAGCGAUGCUGCCUUGUGAUAUUUCGCCAAUGGAACGGGACGAUGCAGUUUACAUGGUGCUGUGGUUUCGGGAGGGUGAUGGAGAGCCAAUCUAUAACUUCGACGUGCGCGGCCGUCAAUUUGGACAGGCGCGGCUGUGGUCUUCCGAAUUGGCAUUCGGGCCACGCGCCUACUUCAGCAGCACGUCCCACCCGGCACAGCUGAAAAUCGAUAACGUACGCAUCGAGGACGAAGGCGUCUACCGGUGUCGUGUGGAUUUUCGCAAUUCGCCGACACGAAAUCUGAAAAUCAAUCUCACCGUCAUUGUGCCACCGGAUCGUCCAGUCAUUUAUGGCCCUAACAGACAUGAUAAGGCCAGCAAUGUGGAGUCGUUUAACGAAGGAACGGAUAUAGUGCUGGCUUGUGAAGUGACAGGCGGACGUCCACGUCCAAAUGUAACAUGGUAUUUAGAUAAUACGGUGAUUGAUGAAUCUUUCGAGCAUCGCCCGGACGGCAAGACUGUUAACCACUUGUCAUAUCCAAAUAUUGGACGACAACAUUUGAAUGCGAGAUUAGUUUGUGUGGCGAGCAAUACGAAUUUGACGCCGCCGAACAACAAAGUGGUCAUCCUGGAUGUCAAUUUGAAACCUGUCGCUGUGCACAUAAUGACAAAGGAUCGUUUCGUGUCUGCUGAUCGCACAUAUGACAUUGAGUGCAAGUCUUCCGGUUCAAAGCCAGCUGCGGUCAUUACAUGGUGGCGCAAUAACAAGCAGUUGAAAAAAUUCACAAAAAAUUUUAAUGAACCCGACAAUCAAUCUCUAAGCAUAUUGACAUUCACGCCCACUCGCGAGGACGAUGGCAAGUAUUUGACGUGUCGUGCCGAAAAUCAAUUCAUCGAAAACAGCUCCAUCGAGGACAAGUGGCGGAUGGUCGUGCACUAUCAACCAACGGCUCAUCUCAAAAUGGGAUCUUCACUAAAUCCAGACGAUAUAAAAGAGGGUGAUGACGUCUAUUUUGAGUGUGUUAUACAAUCGAAUCCUAAACCCUACAAAAUGUCAUGGUUUCAUAACGGCAAGGAACUGCAUCACAACAUCUCAGCUGGCAUUAUCCUUUCGGAUCAAUCACUCGUGCUGCAGAGUGUCUCACGUGCAUCCGCUGGUGAUUACACGUGUUUGGCUGUGAACUCGGAGGGAAGGGGCGCCAGUAAUCCGGUUUCGUUGCAUAUACGCUUUGCACCCAUUUGUGCCACCGAUCAUGAAGAGCUGCUGGGCGCCCUAAAGCACGAAACACUGCUGCUAAAAUGUGAAGUGGACUCAUCACCGCCAGCGGAGGCAUUUACAUGGACAUUUAACUCGUCCGGCGAACAAACAGAAUUGCCCGCCCGACUGCACUCAACAGAGACUGGCAUGUCGCGACUGAAUUACACUCCAGCAACGGACCUCGAUUAUGGCACAAUAUCUUGCUGGGGGCGAAAUUCUAUUGGCCAGCAAAAGAAUCCCUGUGUUUUUCAAAUCGUAGCUGCAGGCCGUCCAUUUCCAUUGCAGAAUUGCACUGUCACAAAUCAAUCCACCGAUUCACUGCAAGUUGAUUGUCUGGAGGGUUUCGACGGUGGGCUACCUCAAGGCUUCAUUUUAGAAUUAGUGGAGUUGAAUAAUUUGCGUUUAGCACGGAAUUUAAGUUUGUCGCAUCCGCCAGUGAGUUUUCUCAUCGAAAAUCUCGAUCCCACAGCAACAUAUCGAAUGAUCAUUUUCGCCAUGAAUGCCAAGGGACGUUCGGAGCCAACCAUAAUUGACGACAUAAACUUCAAAGGCGUGGCCAAAUUUACAGGUGCAUCGAAUGGCUUAACGGUACCCCUUUCACCAUUUUUGGCAGGCCUAACACUCUUCUGUGCACUGCUCUUCGCUAUAUCCUGCAUUGCACUGGCGGCAAUUUACAGACGGUUCUCGAACAGGCAAAAUGAUGGUAAUUUAAAACCAACGAAGCACACGCAACUUUCAAUACCGCCCGAUUGUCAGCUAGAUCCAUUACAACCGAACAACCACCAUCACCAACAUCUGCAGCAUAAUCACGAGCAAAGCAAUCACCAGGCCCAUCACAGUCUACUACAGCCGAAUGUCAGCGAAGGUGCCAAUGGCGGGGGUGGCACCUCACCCUCUGUCGGCGGUGUCAUGGGUGGUGGUGGCGGUGGCGUCAUGGGUGGCUUGAUUGGCAUCGAUUCGUCCACGUUGCGGUCAACGGCAACCAGCCAUCAUCGGCAAAGUCCGCUGGUGAUGGGCGAUGCAUUGGAAGGUGAUGACACGGAUCCAGAUGUUAUACCCAAUCAAUAUGAAAAACGUCCACUGAAGUCGCAGGUGGCCUCGCCCAUAUUCCGCAGCCCCUCAGCGCGCUUACUGCAACGCGACUACAGCAGUCUUGCGGACACGGAGCGCGCUGGCACAUUGAGUAGCGGGAGCGUGAUUGGCGGCAUCACGAACAGCUCAACACUGAGCAGCGCCGACGGCAUCUCCAGUCUGGGCUCAUUGGUCGGAAACAGCAGUGUUGGAAGUGUUGGUGGCAUUGGCGUUGGCAACGAAGUGUUGCACUACACAUUUAGGCCAAGCAAACAAUUGAGUUAUGCAACGUUGAAUAAGAAGGGUAUAACCACGUGUAGUCCACCGCUGAACAUCUCGCUUUAUAACACAACAACUACAGCAACAUCAUCACUAUCCUCAACAUAUCACUCGACGCCACAGCCGCAGCCAAUGGAAGUGAGUUUACUCAGUCCAAAUAAUCCGUCGGUGACUUCGUCGCUCAGCGAAUAUCGAUUUCGGCCGGAAGUGGUAACCACAUCGAAUCGCAUCCAGGAAAGUUGUAUAUAAAUAGAUAAAAACGAAAAAUAACACACAUAUGACUAUAAAUAAAAUAUGUUGUGUAUGUGUAUAUGUUGUGUAUAUAUUAAGUAUGUAUUACUAUAUAUAUGUAUGAGUAAUGAUGGAUGGACUAAAAUAGACUGACGUAAAUUAAUAAUUUGUUCUUCGACGUCCAUUUUUAAAUGUGGUUUAAACAUCCGCAUCUGUGCGAGCGCAACUUGGUUUUUUAUUUUCUUUGUUCGCAACAAACGAUGGCACACACAUACUUCAUACAUACAUACAUGCAUAUGUACAUAACAUGGUUAAAAUCAAUUUAUAACCUGUAUUAUUUACCGAAGGUUGUUUACUCGUGUUUGUACUGCGGCUGUUGUUGCAGCAAAUGAGCAAUCUACCAAGUGACAAAAUAAAUACCGCUAUUUUGCAGUAAAUAUUUGCCUGAUUUAACGGAACAGUUCACAGUUUUUCAAGCCAAGCACGUUGAAAGCGGGCGCACUUUUCACUCUGAACCACCGCAAAGUCCUACAAAAAGCAGAAAAUCGGUUUAACCCAUUUUCCACAUUCGAAUAAUAAAGCUUAUUUUAAAGCUCUUGUCUUUAAAAGGUGUUGCUCACUUAUGUUUAAUAUGUAUUAUUCACUUUAUUGUCCAUUAGACAGGCAUUGUAAGCUUUAGUAAAAAGAAAUCCAUUAUUUUUGCACUAAAUUGGGGACUUCAUUUAGCAAAGUUGGAUUUAUCUGACUUAAGUACUUGAUAUAUGAACACAUAGUUCGAAAACUUGUUAGUAUUUUGAAGCUGAUUUCACAAUGCAACACCCAUGGAAACCCUCAUCCUUUCUGGCAAAAAACUGUGACCUUCGGUUUUCAUAAGCUCGUCUUAACUUUUCACAAACAAAAUCAUUAGCCAUAUGCAAGUACAGGUUAUUAUACCAGAUCCAAACUUCCAUCGAAUCAGCGCCGAUAUGUGUAGCACACUGCUCAGCAGAAACUCAAUUCCUAUUGGCCGAAGUUGUCCACUUCUGAUUGUUUGCUUCAGAUGUUCCAAUUGUUGAUAGUAAGUGGUACAGGUCCGAAUAAAAAGUUUCGUCGUAUGUUAGCAGUUCAGUGUAAAUGAUUCCAUAUCAGAGCAAACUCUGCCUGAUAGCCAAUUCCGGCUUAUCCACUGUUUGCUUCGACCGUUUCACUUCACGUUGUCUUAAGUGACCUAUUUUUCAUCACAAGUAACCAUAAGCUUCAGAAGUGAUUCGGGUUUGUUGUGAUUUAGCACAUAUUAGCAGGCCGAACCUCGGUCUAUGAGGCAAAAAUAACCUCAACUCGUUUUGCACCAAUACAUUGAGCGUCCCUUUAUAUUCAGCCCUGUUUAAAUUGUACCUAACGGUUUCACGGACAAUCGAAAAGUGUUUACAUUAUCCGAACGGAAACAACGAAACCACAAUCUUGCAUGAUUGACUAUGAGGACCAUCAGCACCAUUCACCGCUUGGCUGCGAUUUCGACUUUAUAUGGCUAUAUGGCAAAUUUUAAUUUUGCUGGUGUUCAUUUCUGAUGCGUGUUGAAAUAACACUCAAGCAAGUAAUCACCAAGAUGACUGAGUUAGUUUUUAGUUCAAAAUCUGAUCUUUCUAGACUUCAAGACUCAGAAUUCAAGAGCCAUCUAUUGAAAAAUAAGAAAUUUCUUUAACUAAGCCUAAUAUAUUUCAUGAGGGAUCGUUUAAGCUCACAUAAAGCUUAGGUUGGUAACAAGUCCAAAAUCGCAUAAUUAUGGCACCCAUCUGAUUAUCAUUCACUGACAAGUACAUAAUAGGGUUGUGUGCUCACUGUAAUUCGGAAGAAUUGCAUUAUAAGACCGCAGAGGUGAACUCUAACGAUCAUAACAUAAAAAAUGUCGAAAGCUCUUCAAAUAUUUUCAAAGUUACAUGCCUCUGAAAUUUGCAUUUCGCAAUUUAGUAUAGACUACAUGCUUCCGAGCAAAUAUCAAUUUUUAUGAAUGCUCAAUGAAAGGUGUUUAGUGCUUUUCGUUAAUCAAUCGCCAUUAAAGCAAAAUAAAUAAGCCAUGCAUAAUUUAUUAAUAUGCAAAUAGCCAGUAUUGUCGAACUCAGCUCGAAAAGCUCUGCAUUGCAAACAGAAUUAGUUCAUAAUAUGUCGACUAACAACUCUGCACGUGUGUCUGUGCAUAUGCAAGCCCGAUAUUCAAUUAAGCUAAUACAAACUGCCAAUUUGUGUUUAACCAACAACAAUAACAAAUAAUACGAGAAGGCGUUUAGUGAAAGCUUUUAAAUACAAAUUGCAAAUAGCAAAAAAUAAAAUAUAGUAAUGAAGCUGUAUUUGCAUAUAUAUUUUCAUGUACAAUGGAUAUAAGUAAGAAUAAUAAAUACAUGUGUGUGUGCGUUCAAUUAUCCUGGUUGCGCUGCUUUGCUUAGUUACCGGUAUGCUCGCUCAUUGCCGUUUACAUAUGUGUACAAGUAUGUGUGUGUCAACCUAUUUAUGUAUAUGUAUGUAAAUAUAAUUAAUUAUUGUUUUUAACCAAAUUUUAAUUAUAAUGAAGCGAAAAGCGCACUGUCAUUUUGCAUUUUGCGCAGCCAAGCAUUUCAAUUAAAUAAUAAUUAUAUAAAAUAAGUAUAGAAUAUAGAUGUACAAAAAGUCAAGUUAGAAUAAAUACCUUUGGAAGACUCCAAAUAGUUUAAUAGUAGAAUGAAAGAGAGAAGAGUAUGAAAAACAUUUUUUCAAUUAUUUCUUUAGGAGAUUUGUACAUAUCACCCAUUUGUUUUAAUAACUGUACUUUAACUUUAACUGUCACACGUAUUUUCAGCUGCACACACUUUCAUAUCACAUUUACACACAAAAACAAAUACUAAUAUAUUUUAACUACAAUGGAAACCUUAAGGCAACUUCCUUCGACCUACCCAAGCCAUUUAUCAAGGGUCCUAACAUAUCAUAUUUGCAUAUUAAAAUAAUAACACUCGUUCAAACUGCUCUUUGUGCCGUUAAAGUCGGAAUUUUACAGGCACACAAAAAUAAAAUAAUUUUCAAAUUUUUGAAGAAAUAUCACUUGGAAUGUUGGUUCCAACCUGAGUCCUUGGAGGUGUGCCUCUAAACUCAACAUAUCAAUAAGCACUAUUAUAACAACACUCAAGCUUAGAACAGUGAAUUACAUAGCCAGCUUAGCAUCCUCGGUAUUUUGUACCUCUAUUUUACUUCUUCCCAUACCUACGUCAAGAAAAAUGUCUGCUAAUCAAUAAAAUCUUAUGAGGGCUUCACACAAAAUGACUUCCACCCACAGAUUUUGAAACAAUAUAUAAUAUGCCCAUGAUUCGAUAAAAAGAUGCUCUUAAGCGAAUCGAACAAACUAUAUAAGAUGCCCAUACAAACGGGCAGCACUUGAGGUGCAACUCUGUGCUAACUUGUGUUAUGGUUCUUUUUCAGUGGAAAAAAUUCUUUUCUUCGCUUUAAAAAAUUUUGUAGUAACCUUUUAUUUUUGUUUUCGAUAAAUUAUUAUAAUCAUUUGAAUCAUUGACAAUGGUACAACUGAUCUAAAAUAUAGUAAACAAAACUUAUGUACUAUUUAAGGGGUUACAUGGGUUUCCCUGGGUAAAAACCAGACUUUCUUCAAUGUUUUGUUUUUCAUAAAAAAAAGAAAUAUUUUAUUAGAAUUUUUUGUUGUUACAAACAUACACUAUUAAUAAAGAAAUUCUGAAGUUUUUGAAAAAACUAUUUUAAAGCGGCCAAUGUGAUGUCGUUUCCGGUGAGACCGCGUUGCAGGUUCAUCCAAAGUGAAAAAAUACGUGUUUUAGUUAAGACCUUAGCUUAGAACUUGGAUGAAGAAAACUAAAUCUAAAAAUCGGAUUUUUGGCAGACAUCUUUACAAAAAAAUACAAAUUUCAGAAAGUUUCGCGACAUUUUUUUCAAUUAGUUGUAAUUAAAAAAAAAAUUCUUCGUCCAAGUCAUUACAAAUUGUAUCUCAAAGAUCUGUAAGAAAAUUCAAUAAAAUCGCUUAAGUACAUAGUUCUCUCUAGCCUAGCUUGAGCUCUCAAGGCUGCAUCUCCGAAACUGUUACUCGGAUCAACUUGACAGCUUAGGACAAUAUUCUAGAGGUGUUGUAGAAUUAAAUAAGACAAUAAAAAAAUACGAUUUUUUGAAACCCGUAAACCCAUGUAACCCCUUGCUAGAAUUCAAGCUGAUAAUUUUGUUGUUGCUUCUACUUGCAGUUUUUGGUUUUUGACAAAAGAACAGGAGCGAGCAAAAAUAUGGCGAAUCGGGGACAGCUUAUAUUAAAGUACUCCCCUUCUUUGUUGAAAUAAGUUCCUUUGAACUAAAUACAAUCCUGUUAUAGUAUUAGAACAUAUAAAAUUUGAUAAGUCUCGUAACCCUGUUGAUGCGGAUAGAAAGGUCUUCCUUUCUUCUUUCUAUAUGGUAGAGUGGUGAGUGGUUUUGAAAAGAAAGAUGUUGAAAGCUUGAUAGUUUUCAUACUAUUCUUAUAAGCGAGAUGAAAAGCUACAAUUCUACAUGUUUACUUAAACGGAGAUUAUGACUUCGAAAGAAUAAAGACAGGUGUAAAAUACCAUCAAAGCAGCACCUUUCAUUUUGAAAUUAUUGGGAUGGGUAUAUUCCAUACUUGUUUUAGUCGUCAUAUGUUAACUUCGUUUAUCCGCGCACCUCUCCUUAAAAGGUCUGCUGCCACUACAACAUUUUAAUCCAAAUAGUUUCUGGCGAGAUCAAAUAACUAAAUAGAAAGCUUAUAAUACUUUACUUACCUAACAUCGCCACCCUGGUUUUAAACAUGCUGGAUUUAUGAGACGUUUUUACUUAACUGUAGCAUUCUGUUUACUAUAUACAUACAUAGUAAUUGUCGAAACUUAUAAAAAAAAUCUCCGAAUUAAAGGGAUUAAUUACUCGUAAAUUUUGCAUCCAUUAAAUUUCUUAAAUUUCCAUUUUAUGACGAAAACAAAUUUAGCUUCAAAAUUUUAAUUAGGUCAAGAAUUUAUAUUUUUCUCAAACCCUGCACAUAUCUCAACAUAUCCAUAAGUACGUUUAAUAUUCGUAUAAAUAGGUCGAGUGUGCUUCCAUUAUUAUUCUUCGCCUAAUGAAAAUGCAUUCUUAUAAAUUGCUUUGGUAAAUGCAAUUAAAGAUUUCAUUUUAUGUUAAAGUAUGUAGAUAAGCACUUGUUAAACUUGCCACAAUUUU